AUUAACAGAAAAAAAAAAAGAAAAAAAACUCGUGAAACGACGGGUCCAAAAGAAGAAAUAGAAAAACAAUCUGAUUAAAGUUGUGGAGUUUGAUUGCCCUAAAAACAAGCAAUUGAAAUCGAAAAGAGAAGCCUUUAAAUUCGCUGCUGCCAUUAUGAUUAUGAUUAUGAUUAUGAUUAUACUACCUCCGGGGGACUUGUGAGAGUCAUUGACUCGAAUUGGGUUGGGUUUUUUUGUCAUCCUUUUUAUCAGAUCCGCAAUCUUAAGAUCCGGGAGGUAUUCUCAAUGGCGAAUCAUCAAGACGACGAGGAUUUGGAAUUGGCUCUUAAGAUGAGUAUGCAGUACAAUCCCCCAGAGGCCAAACGGAGCAAACCCAUUGAAGAAACUGGAUCCGGAUCUGGUGAAUCGCCGGAGGCCAAAACACGGCGGUUGCAGAGGGAGAUCAUGGCUGCUGCGGCUGAGAAACGAAUGCUGUCGUUUCCUAAGAGCCCCAGAGCUCUGGCUUCGGUUGCUGAUAGCUGUAAAGGGAUUGGAUCCGGUGGUGGUUUGGAGUUAUCGCCUCAAGAGUCUAAUCAGCUGUUCACAAUGGUGUUUGGGAAUGAGGUUUCCAAAAGCAUACUUGCACAGUGGACUAAUCAAGGCAUAAGGUUUAGCCCUCAUCCUGAAACUACUAUAGGGUUAGUGCAGCAUGAAGGUGGCCCCUGCGGUGUUUUAGCAGCAUUACAGGCAUUUGUUCUUAAAUACCUUCUUUACUUUCCGGAUGACAUAGGAAAAGAUUCGCCGAGUUUGGGUGUCAAAACAUCUAAAAACCCUUAUGUCGCAUCAGACUCUUUCUCUUCUAUACCAGAAGAAGCAAAAACAAGGGCCCUUGUUAGAAGCAUGUGUGAGAUUCUAUUUAUGUGUGGGAACAAUAACCGUGCUGUAGUAGCGAGUUUCCUUUACUCUGAGGAUCUCAAUACUAAUCAGAAAGAUGAGGUAAUGGCUGCUGGGCUCCCCAUUGAGUCUGCUUCAGAUUUGCAAAAGAUCUUAAGAUUUGAGACAUUCACAACUCAGUCCAGUGCCCUUAGUAAGAUAGCAGGCGCAAUAACUGCUUUCCAGAGUCGCGUGGGUGCUUUGCUAUUCCUUAUUUCAGCUUUACUCUCCCGUGGACUGGAUACUGUUCAAAACGACAGGGAUGAUCCAAACCUCCCCCUGGUAACUGCACCAUUUGGACAUGCCUCCCAGGAAAUCGUAAACCUGCUAUUGUGUGGUGAAGCGGUUCCUAAUGUGUUUGAUGGAAGGAUGGAUUUUGGAGGCGGCAUGUUUCUGAAAGGCAUAUCGAAGAAUGUUGAGGUGGGCUUCCUGACGUUGCUCGAGUCUCUCAAUUUCUGCAAAGUCGGUCAGAACCUCAAAUCUCCCAAAUGGCCUAUAUGGGUCGUUGGCAGCGAGUCACAUUACACCGUCCUGUUUGCACUCGAUCCAGCUGUCCAGGAAGAAAACGAACUUGAGCUGAGAGAGUCUCAGAUAAGAAGAGCUUUUGAUGCAAGAGACCAGAGCGGAGGAGGUGGUUUCAUCAGCGUGGAGGCCUUUCACCAAGUUGUUCAGGAAACAAACAUUAGACUGCCAAAUGAGAAGAUGAAUGAGAUCUGCGCCAUGGGGUUCAUUGUGUGGAGCGAGUUAUGGCAAGUGAUCUUGGAGCUGGACAGAAACUUGGGAGGAAUCAAAGAUUCAUCAGGAAUGAUGGGAAAGAAAGUGUUUGAUGUCUAUCACUUCAAUGGGAUUGCUAAAUCAGAUAUAAACGGUGGUGGUCAAGCUAUGGCUGUGGAAGGUGGGACGGUUCCUGUUCAAAGGCCAAGGCUCACCAAACUAAACGUCUCUGUCCCUCCUAAAUGGACACCAGAAGAGUACAUGACGUGUGCAACGUCCAGCAGCUCUGACAAAGACUCAGAAGUGAACCAGCCUAAGCCGGCACAGCAUGCACCAUUGGUGGAUUGUAUCAGAACUCGGUGGUCACGAGCCACUUGUAGCUGGGCUGGAGAUCCUCCAAGUAUAGUCUGAAGAAUGUUAUAUUAUGGGGAAAAGGGGAAAUCGCUUAUUUGAUUGGGCGGUUUAGACGCGUUUGAACUUUCUGUGCGUUUCUCCUUUUUUUCAUUUUGUUGUAUUAUUAUAGAACUUUUGUUAUUUGUUGAGACUAAACAUUAUUUUGAGACAAAUGAAUAUGUUCAACUGAAGCAUAUAAUUUUCUUUU